UAUCAUUCUAGUUAGAUUGUUGUACUGGGGAGGGAGCCGCCUAUGUAUUUACUGUACGUCCUGUUUCCAAUGCCGCACGUCAAAUUCUUUUGGCCGCCAGGGUUCUGAGAAGGAUUUUUUUUCAAGUCGGAGAACUCCGCAGAAAAUAUAGCUUCUCAUAAAAAUCUACUUUAUGCAACCCUACAACUGCCUUUACUGAAGCUCUGGAGGAUUUAAAGACUAAGAAGAAUUUGUGGCUAAGAAAAGAGGUUAAGGGUCUGGAUUUCUAAGUGGAUUUUACAACAAAUUCUCAAGGAUAUAUCAAUUAGUUUUAUUUGUCUGGUUUUGUGGACAAAAAAGUGAUUGCCUAUAGGGUGGAAGAGGAACGAAACAGAUUAUCUUUAUACAAUGCAGUAGGAGAGCAACAUUUUAACUUAAAUUGUGAAUUUUUGUACUGUAUUCUGGAUUGUUACAAGAAGAAGAAGAUGGGACGGAAGAAGAUACAGAUUACACGGAUUAUGGACGAAAGGAAUAGACAGGUGACGUUUACGAAAAGGAAAUUUGGUUUAAUGAAGAAAGCAUAUGAACUGAGCGUUCUGUGUGACUGUGAAAUAGCACUCAUCAUUUUUAACAGUGCUAAUAAACUCUUUCAGUAUGCUAGUACGGACAUGGACAAAGUUCUUCUCAAAUACACGGAAUAUAAUGAACCACACGAAAGCAGAACCAACUCUGACAUAGUUGAGGCUCUGAACAAGAAGGAACACAGAGGUUGCGACAGCCCAGACCCUGACUCCUCGUAUGUACUCACACCACAUACAGAAGAAAAGUAUAAAAAAAUUAACGAAGAGUUUGAUAAUAUGAUGCGGAAUCAUAAAAUCACACCUGGUUUGCCGUCACAAAACUUUUCAAUGUCUGUUUCCAUCCCAGUGAGUAACCAAAAUGCUCUAUCCUACUGUAACCCUGGAAGCUCUCUUGUAACCCCUUCAAUGGCCAGCAGCAAUUCGCUAACAGACUCCAGUUUGCUUUCUCCACCCCAGAGUUCAGGGCAUCGAAAUGUUGUGUCUCCAGGCACUCCACAAAGACCACCUAGUACUGGCAGUACAGGUGGGAUGCUCGGCACAGCAGACCUCACAGUGUCAAACGGAGCUGUUCCCAGCCCAGUUGGUCAUGCAGUGAUGCUUGCAGCAAAGAACAGAAAUGAGAACAACAGAAAUGGAUUUGUAAAUCCACGUGCUUCACCGGGUUUAAUGGGAACCACAAGUGGAAAUGGAUUAGGUAAAGUGAUGCCUGCAAAAUCACCACCACCUCCAGGAGGAAAUCUUGGGAUGAGUCGAAAACCAGACCUCCGUGUUGUUAUACCUCCCUCCAGUAAGGGCAUGAUGCCACCACUGUCGGAGGAGGAUGAAUUGGACCUGAAUCCACACAGGAUAAAUAGUUCACAGUCCACACAGUCUCUAGCAACGCCAGUGGUGUCAAUGACCACUCCAAGCCUACAACACCAGGGACUGGUAUAUUCUGCCAUGCCAACUGCUUACCAUACAGAUUACCCCCUGUCUAGUGCUGAUUUAGCUGCUCUCCAGGGAUUGACCUCACCAGGAAUGCUGUCAUUAGGACAGGUGUCAGCUUGGCAGCAGCACCAUUUAGGACAAGCAGCUCUUAGUUCUCUUGUGGCUGGUAACCAGUUACCUCAGGGUUCAAACCUGUCAGUCAAUGCAGGUCAAAAUGUCAGCGUUAAAAUAGAGCCAAUCUCACCUCCUCGGGAUCGCAUGACUCCAUCAGGCUUCUCUCUGCAGCAGCAGCAACAGCAGCAACAACAGUCUCGGCAAGACUUGGGACGAUCUCCUGUUGACAGUCUAAGUAGUUCUAGCAGUUCGUAUGACGGGAGUGAUCGGGAAGAUCUACGAGGAGAUUUCCAUUCUCCCAUCACCCUUGGAAGACCUCCAAACUCAGAUGAAAGAGAAAGUCCUUCAAUGAAGCGCAUGAGGAUGGAUACUUGGGUGACAUAAAUCCCAACUACACUCCUUUUUUAUGUCCUUUUAAAAAAUGUUACUCUGUUGAACAGUCCUAACAUAUCUAAAUAUACAAUUCAAAGGACAAGAUAAAGUAUCUAUAUAUAUAUAAAUAUAUAUAUAAAAAAACAAUCAGGUACUCCAUGCAGAUUCCUUGUAUAAUUUGCAGAAGUCCUACAUUUUGAGGAAAAAAUAAGCAUUGUUUCAAUCAGGCACUUAACUUUUUUGUUUUAUUAUUCUGAACUGUUUGCAAAGAAAGAUCGAUUUUUUCCAGUCCUACCACACUAGCUUGCAGAAGCCAUCAGGAGGAUGCAUCUGCCCAGUCAUGUGUUUUAUAUGUGUUAUUAUAACAGUGUGACUGUAGUCGAAAAGUAUGCUUAGUAGCAGCUGAGCUGUAAAACAGCAAAAAAGAAAAAGUAAGAGAGCUAAAGCAAUACUGUAUAUAAGAAAAAAAUGUAUACUACCCAACAUGGUUAUGGGUGCCAUUGUAAAGGGAUAUGUGGUCUAGGGCAAAUGCUGCAAAACAUUUUUGCACAAGUACAGUUUUACUGGGUCAGGAAAGCAACUAUUAAGUUUAUCUGAAAGGAUAUAAGUGGAAGCAAUACAUCAGGAACAUGCAUGAGAUUUUCAGAAGAAACUAGCCUAGAAACAAAGAACAAUUAAGUAGAGCAUUAAGGAAGUAAUAUAUUAAUUUAUAAUUGGAAUAUGGUAAAAAAUCUGUUUUGUGUUCAUACCUAAAAAAAAAAAACUUGAUUUCAGAUCAUGUAUAUUUUAUAUUGAAGAAAAUGUAAUACUCUUAUGAACGAUUACUAAAUAUAAAUUUAUAUGUUUUUGAACAGUUUCAUUUAUGAAUUAUUUAUAUAAGCCAAAGCUGUAUGUUGAUGUGUUUUGUAGAGAAUGCUUUUUCCAACUGUUUUUUUAGUUUUGCUUCAAAAAAAAAAAAAGGAAUCCAGGCAAAACUUUGAAAAAAAGCCAUGAACACUUCCUAUACUUUUAUGUAAAUUAAAUUUGAGCCAAACUUUUUUGUGUGUAAAUAGCAUUUUAAAUAUAUUAUCAGCAUUUGGUGUAAGUACCUACGUAUUGUAUGGUCACCAGAUUAAAAAGUAUAUUUUUGUGGAUUGCCGCCAACUUGAAAAAAGGCGAGAUCCUUAUUAAGUAGAGUAUUCACUGGUUAAUAUUUACUAUUUUGUUAAUAUGCUGAACUUUUUUAGAUCUUAAUUAUUGUUGUGAGCAUUAUUGUUUUUGAGUUCGUCCCUGAGGAUUUAGUUCAAGGAUUCUCCUUCUGUUGAAUGUUGUUUAAUAUUAGCCCACAUGCUGUACUGCUAAACUCACUGUAGAAUCAUUCUUGUAACUGUACAAUACGAAGUGUAAAGAGUGUGGCAUUUUAAUCUUUAGUCUACACAGAUUUAGCAUUGUUCUAACCAUGAAGUUUACUAAAAUAGUGUUUUUUUCCCUAUUUUUAUCUGCCUUCAGUUGAAAUGUAUUUGUACCUGAAAAGGUCACAUUUAUUUGUUUCUUGUACAGACAUGCCCAAACAAGACGAGGUAAACCUAAAUAGUAAUACAAGA